GCAAUAUGUCUGUCGUGUAUCGCACGCACACUUUAACCCUAAAAAAGGGGCGACGCUCGGCAGCAGCAAGUUUGUAAAUCAACUGCUGUGGCGAAGGAGCUGUCUUUGGCUACGCUCAAGAGCCAUUUGAGCGUAUGGCAGCGCUUAAACCAAGUCCAGUUAAGGCAGCGGCUUCGGCCCAAGAAAUUGCGCAGCUUAGGUCCCAAGUGACAUCGCUAACGCAUGAGCUGGGCGUGGUAACGCAGCGUUGCGGGCUCUUGGGAAGGCUGAUCACUGGAGAGUCAACGUCGGUGACUGCGGAGGACGUGUUGCUCUCUGGCGAGGAGGUGCAGGAAGCAGCCUUGCGAGCAAUCUGGCUGGCACACUACUGGGGACUUGCGCGGGACCUAGGCAUCCUACCGGAGCUAGCGACGGCGCAGGCGGAGCGUUGGAGCCGAGCGGCACCACCCGUGGAAGUGCUAUACACAGCCGCAGCGGAUGUUGCACGGCGUGUGCGCGAGCAAACCCAGGGCUCGAGCUCAAGUCAAACAGCAGCUGCCACAGCAACGUCCACAGCGGCAAGCAGCACCAGGUAAGGCGCGCAUAAGCAAGUCCGCAGACCAGAACACUCACUAGCAUUCGUCUACAAGUCAUACGAAAAAACAAAAACCAAAAGGGCGGGGAAAGAAUCAAUGGCCCCUGUCGUGCAGGGCUAUACGGUAUGCAACCUCAACAUGCGAUGUUGGUCAGGUGGAAUAACAAUAGGUCGGUCGGGGCUCAUGCAGCACUAACCGAG